GUUCAUGGUGCUGGCUGUUUUGCUGCCAGUCAACCUUAUUUUGCUUGAAAGAGCUUUCGGGUGUGCGUCAAUUACUCACGUGCUCGCUACAAUACUCAACUUUACGAACCAUAAACAGAACAUUCGAAAGUCAGAAAACAAGUUGUUUUCCAGGUCAUAAUUGUAUCUAUAAAUAAAUGUAACAAUUUUAAUGUAUCUUUAGGGUUAUUGUUAUUUGAUAGUUUUGUACUGUCCUCAGCUGCUGUAGCUUUAAAAAAUUUAUAUAUGCGUGUCUCUUGUGGCAAUACGGUGGGAGGUGCUAAAGCGGUCAGGAAGUGUUUUUUGUUCGCUUUUUGUUUUAAAAGAGAUGGAACAUACUGUAAAUAAUCGCAAGUCUGAGCUACAGUCGCACAUGUCAACAUGCCCUUCUCUGGUGAGCUGAAGAACGCCACGUUUCCUGAUGGGUUUGCUUGGGGAGCAGCAACAGCAGCCUAUCAGGUAGAAGGAGGGUGGAAUGUCGAUGGAAAAGGUCCUAGUAUUUGGGAUACAUUUACGCAUCAGAAAGGCAAAAUAUUUAAGGACCAAACAGGGGACAGAGCCUGCAACAGCUAUGGACUGUGGGAGGAGGAUCUGAAGUGUAUCAAGCAGCUUGGACUGUCUCACUAUCGCUUAUCCUUCUCAUGGUCACGCCUGCUGCCUGAUGGAACAACAUGCAACAUUAAUAAAAAAGGUGUUGCGUACUAUGACAAAAUCAUAAAUGACCUCUUGAAAAAUAAAGUAACCCCUAUGGUAACAUUGAACCAUUUUGACUUGCCGCAAGCCCUUGAGGAUAAAGGAGGCUGGAAAAAUGAACAGAUUGUGGAUAUCUUUGAUGAGUAUGCAAAUUUUUGCUUCCAAACAUUUGGGGAUAGAGUAAAACUGUGGCUUACCUUAAAUGAGCCUUAUGUUUCUGCUGACUUGGGUUAUGAAGAAGGUCUUUUCCCUCCAGGAUUAAAGGAACCUGGGAUGUCAGUAUAUCAGGUGGGUCACAACAUGCUAAAAUCUCACGCCAAAGCCUGGCACAGGUAUAACACCAUCUUCAGACAGGUUCAAAAUGGAUUAGUAUCACUGGCUUUGAACAGUGAUUGGGCAGAACCAUUUGAUCCAAGCAGCCAAGACGAUGUUGAUGCCACUGACCGUUAUAUGGCAUUCAUGUUUGGUUGGUUUGCCAAUCCAAUCUUUGUUGAUGGAGACUAUCCAGCGAUCAUGAAAUCCCAGAUUAAAGCUAGAAGUGAAAAGCAAGGCUUCGUAUCAUCUCGUUUACCCAAGUUCACAAAGGAGGAACAGAACAUGAUUAAGGGAUCUGCUGACUUUUUUGCCUUAAAUUACUACACUAGUCGCAAAGUGAAAUAUUCAAAAAGCCCACUGGAGAUGCAAAGCUUUAAAACUGACAAGGAAGCUCAAGGUAUCAUAGAUCCAUCCUGGCCUGUGUCUGGAGUCGCUUGGUUGGCUGUAGUUCCCUGGGGAUUGCGAAAGUUGCUGGAAUACAUUAAGAAAACAUGCAACGACCCAGAAAUCUAUAUCACAGAGAAUGGGUUCUCUCUGAUGGACCCUGCAUCUUUAGAAGAUAACCAGCGGUGCCAGUUCUACCGAGAAACUCUACAGGAGAUCCUGAGAGCCAUUCACCAAGAUGGAGUUGAUGUCAGGGGCUACUUUGCUUGGUCCCUUCUCGAUAAUUUUGAAUGGACCUUGGGUUACAGUGUUCGGUUUGGCCUUUUUCAAGUGGACUUUGAAAAUCCAGAAUUCCCUCGCACUAUGUACAAGUCAGGAAAAGAAUAUGCAACAAUAAUCUCAAACAAUGGAUUUGUAAAUGAGAAAGCAACCUGAAGUUUCAUCCUAAGCAAUAUCAUAUUUUGUAAAAACACUCAAUUGGGUUAAUUGUUCAAUUUAAAUUCAAGAGUUUCUUGGAUAUCCAAAGCUAUCCAACUUAAAAUAUUAAAACAUUUCAGAGAACAUUUUUUUCAGAAAUAAUCGUGGAAUCCAGAUAACUGGAUUUCAGACAAUCAAAACCCAGGGGUAAGAGACCUUUUUAUUUUAUAGACACAUCAAAUAUCAGAUUAACAUGUUUUAACAUAAUUUUAAAACCUUCAAUUAAA